AUGCCGAGCCUCGUGUUGGAGAGUGACAAGGUGUACGAUGCCGAAAUCGAUGCCGACAAGGGCGAGCUAGAGAGAAUCCGCGCCGCCAAGAAGAACCGGAAAAAGACCAAGGCUCCCGGUCGGACCCGUAGUGGGAAGGGAAAGGGAAAAUCAUCCAGGGAACCAUCGCCAGUCUCCAAAGCACCCAAGGCAACCAAGAAGCGGCCGCCUGUGGAAGCCAAAAAGGAAAAAGAAAAAAGAAAUGGUGCCAAGAAAACGGAGCCACCCGAGAAGAAAACCGAUCCCAAGGCUCUCGAUCAGGUCUUGCAAAAAGAGAAUGGAGAUUUGAACUGCAGUAUCAGAAUAAGCAUGCUUAGCGAUAUGCUUAGCGAUAUCGCCGUGGCAGCAGAGGAAAUACCAAAAGAAGAGCAGGAAACCGACAAUCGUCAUCGCAGUUUGUCGGCAUUUCGAGAGGAUAAGGAAGCAACACGAGAAUCACGGUUUCAGCAAUCGCUCGAUCUCAAAGGGACGCCCUCCGUCGCCGCCGACCUCUUCAAGGAAUACAACUCUUCUUCUUUUGCGGAUUUGAAACCACUAUCCGUUUCGGAGGCCGAGAGUAUCGUCCGCAAGAUGAGGAGGCCUAGCAAUGGUAGACUUGAUCGGCGCGGACAAGGAUCUGACAGGAGUCUUAGUAGUCGACGAGGGUCCGAUUUGAGCCUGAGCAGUCGACAAGGGUCCGACAGGAGCCUUAGCAGUGAUUCCGACGAGAGUCUUGACAGUCGACAAGAGUCCGAUAGGAGCCUUGGCGGUCGACGAAACGGAUCCGAUGGCAGUCUUAGCAGUCUUGGCAGUCGAAGUCAGAGACGGGGAAGUACAAUUCCAUCCGACAGGAGUCUUAGCCGUCUACAAAACGGAUCUGACAGGAGUCUUAGAGAUAGAAGUCAGAGCCGGGGAAGGCGAAGUCCUUCUACGUCGAGGCGAAUGCGGGAUGGAAGUCAAAGCCGGGGACGACGUAGUCCUUCUGCAUCGAGGCGUGGGCGGGAUAGAAGUGAAAGUCGGGGAAGAAAGCCACCAUCCUCCAGGCAAGAACAACUUUUGUCCCACUCACCCAUGGGAAGAGAUCGCAGUCGGUCUGCUAGUCGCAGUAGACGAGGAAGUCUCCGACGAAGCGCUUCCGGAGAAGGGGAACAUCGUCAAAGAAGCCAAAGUGCCAGUCGACGCAGACGAUCACCUGCCAAAGAAGAUCCGUCAACAACAACAUCAGACGAAGAAGAAACCCGAGGUCGAUCCAAAAGUCCAGCUGCCGAAGAAGGAGAAGAACAAGAGAGGAGUCGGAGUGAAAGUCGAGGUCGUAGAAGGAGGCCUUCUCUAUCCACUGCCAGGGCGGGACAACGGAGCCGAAGUACCAGUCGAAGUCGAGAGCAACGUGCCUUAGAGCACCUUCUGAAUUCGACUAGCACCUUGGGUCUUCCCGACUCGGAUGAGGAGGAGGAGGCUGCUGGUGAAGACCUCUUUGUUGCUGAAUGGGACAAGAACCCUGUUGAAAGCGACAAAAAGCUCCGAUCGCGAAAAAAGGGGUCCAAAUCCAGCAGUAGCAAAGUUCAACCGGGAACAUACAAGUUUAUGGUCCAAGCUCUCAAGAAGGGUAUUGGCAAGAGCAAGUAA